GUCACGGCACUCGUGUAAACCACUCGCGCGCGUGUUUGUAGUUUUAACGUAGUCAAAUUAAUCUUAUAUUGACGCAUCGGCGAUGAACACGCGGUCUGAUAAUGGCCACAGGGUACAGUGAUGAUAGUACAAGUGACCAAGAAGACAUCAAUCAAGGUCCAGGAGAUAGAUGGAUGUCACACAUUUUAAUAGAUGAGGAAGGAGGAGACAAAAUAGAAUUGGUAGAAAACUCUGCAGAACCUACUAAUAACGAAAUACAAGUUAUGGAAGAAGAUAAUAUAAUAAGUAGACCAAUAAAACGAGGAAGAGAAGAAGAUGAUGAAGGAAGUUGGACUAAAGUAGUAAGAGACAAAGAGAAAAAACAUAAACAAUUUAAAAAAGAAGUCUUUAUAUGGAGUAAAGAAAAGUUACCUAAACAAUUUGCCAUAGCAAAAUUGUUUAACAGUAUAGGUUUAACUGAGAUAAAUCAUGUUAAGUACAUAAACUCAUAUAAAUUAAGAAUCGAAGUUUCGACUGAGGAAUGUGUGAAUAAGUUAUUGGAUUGUCAAGAGUUUCAAACCAAAGGUUGGAAGGUGUACAGCGCCACGGACGUGAAUACCUCAUAUGGAGUUAUACGGAACGUGGAUUUGGAGUUAAAAGAAGACGAAAUAUUAACUGCGAUUAAAUGUCCUAGUAAUAUUCAAAUAAUAUCUGUAAAAAGGCUACACAGGCGCCAUGAAAGCGGCUGGGUACCGAGUGAGGUAGUUCGGAUCGGCUUCAGUGGAUCACACUUACCAAGCUUUAUUUAUAUAGAUUGUUUACGCACCAAGGUAGAUCCUUUUGUUUUUCCGGUAACCCAGUGCUCAAAGUGCUGGAAGUUUGGCCACAUUAAAACAAGAUGCCCAUCUAAUAAAAUUGUAUGUCCUAAGUGUACAGAACAGCAUAGUAAUUGUGAAGUUAACAAAUUCAAAUGUGUGAAUUGUCGGGGCGACCACAUGGCAUUGAACAGGAAUUGCCCGGUUUAUGCUCGAGAGAAGCGCGUGAGAGAACUCAUGGCAGAAUAUAACUGUUCCUAUUACGUAGCGUGUAACAUGUACGUGAAACCUCAGUUGCCACUUGAUUCACAAACAAUGGGACAAAACGAAAAACCGAAGAUCGAUCCCAAUAACAGCUUUAAUGGAUUAAAUAUUGAAGAAUCAGGUAGUAGUUAUAAGUAUACAACAGAUCUAUUCCCACCGUUGUUUACGCCAAAACGAGCGAGUUCACCGCAAGUAAGUAAACAAAAGAAAUCACAUUUAUAUAAUAAAAAUGAAUCGGUAUGGUACGGACAUCGGGAGUCGUCGGACAACAUUCCUAAGCAACCAACUACUACUGAUAAGGAUGCCAGCGAUAAUGUAAACAAUACGCGAGAGGUACAUUUUGACGAGUUAAUAAAUCGAUUGAAGGAUAUUAUUUUUAUGCGAAAUUAUAGUAUUAACGAAAAGUUUUAUGAGAUUAUUAAGUGUUGUAGUAAAUGGCUAGUGUUAGUUUUUGUAGAUCGUAUAUCUGAGUGGCCUAUUGUUAACAAGUGUUUAGAGUUAUUUCUUGGACUAAAUAAAUAAUGGAUCCUAA